CCCCCCCAUCUGUGUCCCUGGCCCCCAGGAUGUAUCCUGGAGAUGGGGGGUGAUGCACCAGGCACCGCUGGGCAGUCCAGGCCAGAGACCAGAUGGGAGAGGCGCUGUGGGCAGACGGGGCGCCGAGGGCCCAGGAGGGGCCCUAGUCCACAAGCCGUCUCGAAAUGGGCACCGUUUGAGUGCCCUGGCUAGGGGUGCUCUGGGGACACCUGGGCACUGGGCAGGGAGGGGGGACAGCAGAACAAUAACCAGCCUGGCGGCAAGGAGGGGAGCCCUCACCCUGUGGGCAGGCCAGUAGCUGACUGCUGACCACCUUCCCUUGGCCAUGGACACCCCUGGCUAUCCUUCAUUGGUGUCCACGACCCCGGAACCCGAGAACGCCUCCUCGGCCUGGCCCCUGAAUGCCACCCUGGGAAACGUGUCGGCGGGCCCAAGCCCGGCAGGGCUGGCCGUCAGUGGUGUGUUGAUCCCACUGGUCUACCUGGUGGUGUGCGUGGUGGGCCUGCUGGGCAACUCGAUGGUCAUCUACGUGGUCCUGCGGCACACGGCCAGCCCGUCGGUGACCAAUGUCUACAUCCUCAACCUGGCGCUGGCUGACGAGCUCUUCAUGCUGGGACUGCCCUUCCUGGCUGCCCAGAACGCUCUGUCCUACUGGCCCUUCGGCUCCCUCAUGUGCCGCCUGGUCAUGGCCGUGGACGGCAUCAACCAGUUCACAAGCAUCUUCUGUCUCACCGUCAUGAGCGUGGACCGCUACCUGGCCGUGGUGCACCCCACCCGCUCGGCCCGCUGGCGCACAGCGCCCGUGGCCCGCACAGUCAGUGCGGCAGUCUGGGUGGCCUCGGCUGUGGUGGUGCUGCCCGUGGUGGUCUUUUCGGGUGUGCCCCGUGGCAUGAGCACCUGUCACAUGCAGUGGCCCGAGCCGGCGGCAGCCUGGCGGGCCGGCUUCAUCAUCUACACGGCCGCGCUGGGCUUCUUCGGGCCGCUGCUGGUCAUCUGCCUCUGCUACCUGCUCAUCGUGGCGAAGGUGCGCUCGGCUGGGCGGCGGGUGUGGGCACCCUCGUGCCAGCGGCGACGGAACUCUGAGCGCAGGGUCACACGCAUGGUGGUGGCCGUAGUGGCGCUCUUCGUCCUCUGCUGGAUGCCCUUCUACGUGCUCAACAUUGUCAACGUGGUGUGCCCGCUGCCCGAGGAGCCCGCCUUCUUCGGCCUCUACUUCCUGGUGGUGGCGCUGCCUUAUGCCAACAGCUGUGCCAACCCCAUCCUCUACGGCUUCCUCUCCUACCGCUUCAAGCAGGGCUUCCGCAGGGUCCUGCUGCGGCCUUCCCGCCGCGUGCGCAACCAGGAGCCCACUGUGGGGCCUCCAGAGAAGACCGAGGAGGAGGACGAGGAAGAGGAUGGGGAGGAGGGUAGGGCGCAGGGGAAGGGGAAGGAGGAGAAUAGCCGGGUCAGCCAGAUCACACAGCCUGGCAGCAGCGGGCAGGAGCGGCCGCCCAGCAGAGCAGCUGGCAAGGAGCGGCAGUUCCUGCCCCAGGAGCCCUCAGCUGGGGAGAAGUCCAGCACGCUGCACAUCAGCUACCUGUAGGGCCUGGGGAGGGCCAGAGUGGCCCGAGGAAGAGACAGGGGCCAUGGGUGUGCCUGGGGCAUGGAAUGCCUGGGCCCGAGAUGCCAGAGACCCGUGCUGGGAUGUUCAGAGGCCUGGGCUCUGAUCCCACUGCUGCCCGGAUUUGCUGCGUGACCUUGGGUAGGUCACUUCCACUCUCUGGGCCUUGUUUCCCGCUCUGUGACUCAGGGAUAGGAGUAAGCAGCCUGGAUGAGCUCUGUCAGGUGAGAGGUCUGGUGGGCAUCGCUGCUGGGCUGACCUUGCUGAGCGGGGCCGGGUUAAAGGCUGAGUGCAGACUGGCCUGCUUCCCAGAGACGGAGCAUCCUGGGGAACCAGCCUGAAUCUUGGCCCUCAGAGGCCUGGAUUUCCCGGGCUCAGGGUCAGGGACACGGGAGUUGCUGGGGGCUGGGCUGGA